AUGAGAUCUGAUGCGUCGUUUCCUUGGACGACCUGCUUGUCGACAUACGUUGCUGAAGGAAUGGAGACGUCUUCGGCUGUUGUCGAACCAUUCACUCCGCAUCAACAAGUAGUGACAACAUUUGAACUGCUUCGCCAAAGUUCUGAUUCCGCUAUAAAAAAAUUAGCUGAAGACAUGCAGAGGUACAUGGUUGGAAGAUCGGAUACCAAGAAAUUGGUGCUUCAGACGUGGCUGAAAAACUACGUCUCGCCGUCGACCAUAUUUCACAUUCUAAGUCCGGAAUAUUCGGUUAAAACGAUAGUGGAGCUAUUUCGAAAAUUUCAUUCGUUGGAGGCCCUAGCAAGCCGUAUGCUUGCUUACAUUUCCGACCCCUUGACCGUGAUAAAAGUAGCUGAGAUGACUCCAACCGGAUACUGGCGAAUUUUCCUGUCCCAUGGCUUCAAUAAUGGUCGUCUAAUCGAGAAGUGGUACAAAUAUGCCACAAUGUAUAUCGAGAAUAAUGCCGAAUCCGGGCUGAAGAUCAGUGACGUGGUGAAGCUGAUUAGCAUGACUCCUCAUCAAAAGCAAACGCUUAAAACUUUUGAGGAAAAUGCGGCCGUGGCUGCGCAUACCAACCAGAUGCAAAGGGAGGGGCCACCUGCUCAGAAGAAGCUCAGAACAGAUUCUUAG